AUGUCGCGCCCCUGCCAGCAACGGCGCGCGAGUGCGGCUGCGAAUCGCAAAUCGAAAUCUUCCAAGCCGACAGGACCUCCCCCGAUCAGACACAAAGCACGACAAAAGGCCAUACAUAACGCUCGACACGGGCGUGGCGGAGGACGUGGCGGAGCGCGCGGAGGCAGCCGUGGAGCUGCACGCGGAGGGCGAGGUGGAGGCCGUGGUGGACGUUUUGCACAAAAGAGUGGCAGAAAUGAAUCAGAACAAGACUUUAUACCUCUAUCCUCUGGCGGAAACAACUUCGAAGCGCUGUACCGAUCCAGGCGCGACGACGACUUUGACCUAGAAGCGGACGAUGACAGUAGUGAUUCGGACGAAAUCGACGACGACAUGUACGACGCCCAGGAUAUCGAGAUCAACGUCCAGGCGCCACCACCCACGAUUAGCAGAGGGAGACAACCACGAGCACAGGUCAUGUUUACCGAAGCAGCCGCGGUCGCUGUAUACAGACAGAUUUACUUGCGCGAUUUCCCACUGAGUACGACGACGACCCGAGUACGCUACGGACUCUACCAGGAAGACACUUCUGCCGACUCGAGCGCAUACAUCUCCUUCGCACCGUCCCCAGUAUCCCGUCGAUCGAGCGUUAGCAGCGCCACAAGCGACGAUUCUAUGGAUGGACCAACAACACCCGAGUACAACCCUGCACGCGAUUACGUCUUUACUUUCGGGGUGCACAUUGGCAAGCGCUUCACGCAUGUUGACGACAACUACCUGAAGACGAUUGGCGGUCAGCUCUACAAAUACAUAGACAAACACGUGGGCCUCCUGGAAGCAUUUGAAUACCACAGGCCGGGACAAGCACGUCUCAAGCCAGCACAGGCCGAGCGACCGCAGACCCAACCCCAACGGACACAGGCUCAGCCAUCGCAGCCACGGCCACAGCCUCCCCAACCGCGGCAGCCCCCAACACAAAACCCACAACCAUCUCAAUCACACACUCCUUCGGCAUCAGACACGUGGAGAUUCAAAAAGGGUAUCCACGAAGGAAAGCGACUACAUGACGUACCCGAAAACUACAUACGAACGCUGGAGAACAACCCGUUGGUCAGAAAUGCCUGGCCUGGCUUUAAACAGGCAGUCCAGGAUUUCAAUGCAAAGACCGGUAGACAGGGUCGGGCCUGA